GCGAGAAGGAGCCCGGCAUGCCGUACUUGGAUCGACAGAACCGUAUCUGCGGGUUCCUGGACAUCGAAGAAAAUGAGACCUGCGGCAAGUUUCUGCGGAGGUAUUUCAUCCUGGACACCCAGGCCAACUGCCUCCUGUGGUACAUGGACAACCCUCAGAACCUGGCCAUCGGUGCGGGUGCUGUCGGAUCUCUGCAGCUGACCUAUAUCUCCAAGGUUAGCAUCGCCACUCCGAAACAGAAGCCAAAAACUCCGUUCUGCUUUGUUAUCAAUGCUUUAUCUCAGCGUUAUUUCUUACAAGCCAGCGAUCAGAAGGACCUGCAGGACUGGGUGGAGGCACUGAACCGGGCCAGUAAGAUCACGGUGCCAAAGGGCGGCAGCGUCCCACCGGCCACGGAGAUUGCAAAGCCUCCAGUGGUGCCCCAGGCCCAGGAGAGGAAGCCCCAGGUAGCCUACAAAACCGAGAUCAUCGGGGGGGUGGUGGUCCACACACCCAUCUCCAUCAACCAGAACGGGGGGGAUGGAGGGGAAGGCAGCGAUGCGGCUGCCCACCCUCUGCUGCGACGCUCGCAGAGCUACAUCCCCACCUCUGCCACCAAACCACCCGCUGGUCCCCCUGUCCUCAAGAGUGGCUACUGCGUGAAGCAGGGGAAUGUGAGGAAGAGCUGGAAGCGCCGGUACUUUGUUCUGGAUGAAUUUUCCAUCAGUUACUACAAGUGUGAGCAGGACAAGGAGCCCUUGCGUUCGAUUCUCCUGAAGGAUGUCUGCAAGACCCACGAGUGCCUGGUCAAGUCUGGUGACCUCCUGAUGCGGGACAACCUCUUUGAAAUCGUAACGAGCUCCAGGACCUUCUACAUCCAGGCAGACAGCCCUGAGGACAUGCACAGCUGGAUCCGAGUAAUCACAGGAGCAGUCCAGGCCCUGAAAACCCGCCCGAGGGAAAUGUCCUUCCUGAGAUCCAGCUCCAUGGUCAAGUCCGGGGGCUUCUCGACCUCCUCCCAGCAGAGGCAGGCAGCGGAGGAGAGGAGAGCACUGUGCAAAGCCCCUUCCACCUCCUCCUGGCAGCCCUGGACGCCGGUGCCACAGGCAGAGGGGAAGCAGCCGGUGCUGGAGGAGGGGCCCGUGCCACUGAGAGACUCGGUGUUCAUGCCAGCCUUCACGGAGCGUGAUGCCAGAGUCACGCCGGGCAAGCGCGUGCGGCACAAGUCGGAGCCGCAGCAUCUCAAGGAGAAGCCGUUUGCCUUUGACCUGGACGAUGAAAGCAUCCGGACCUCCGAUGUCUGA